CCUAACCCUAGCUCUUAUACCAUGUUAUGAAGUGAGCCUAUAUUCCAUCGGGCCAACAGGCCAGCACAUAUACAUGAAGGGAAAUAAGCAAAGAAGCCCCUAUACAAUAUGAUAACUACACACACAGCACUACCCUGUUCUAACAAAAUCAUGGGGAGAUGUAUGCGAGCACAUUCUAUCUUUAUAUCUGGUUGAGCUCGAGGAAGGGAUGGGCUUAAUCACUAAUCUCCAUGAGUUGGCACGCCAUGGCUUCAGGCGGUUUCUUGCCGAGGAUUCACUGAUGACCUUGCAAAGAAAAUGCAAUGGGAUGCUAUGGUGCACCGGUCCCGACAAGGAAAUCAAAUCUGAGUAUCUUUGUAAUGGCAACAUGCUUCUUCUGAAACAUCACAAAGAUCUUGUCCAGAAGAUUCUGAUGAGACAAAUGGGGUUCAAAGGAGCGUUCAAAGACACGCCAAAGUUUGUUCAAAUCGAACAUGGUGCAUGGAGAAAAGGCGAGUUCAUAAUCAAAGAAGAAGAUAUCACACAAUAUUUGAAGCUUCUUGAAGAACGACGCCCUUGGGUCAAAACAGAUUUGGACGCUGAUGCCCACACUGGGCAGAGCUCCAGCCAGAUGGAUGGUGGUCAGAGCUCUUGCAAGAGUUUAGAUAUGGAAACAAAUUUGAUACUCAAAGUUCUUAAAGAACAACUCCCUUGGCCCCAAACUAAUUUGGAAGCUGAUGCCCACACUGCGCAGAGCUCCUGCCAGAUGGAUGCUGGACAGAGCUCUUGCCAGAGUGAAGAUAUGGAAACAAAUCUAGAUGCUGAACACUCAGUCAAGAAUGACAAGGUCCAAAUAUAUCUAGAUUCCAAGCUGGCUACUCAGAUGAUGCUAAAUGAUCUGAAUGAGCUGAGUAUGGACAACUCAAAGUUGUUGCCACUGCCGGGGCCGCAGCCUGCUCAGGAGCCCAGCUCCAGCACCGCGGCUGAAGGACAUCUUUUGUACGAGAAGGUGGUUGAAAUCACAAAGGUGCAGAUAAAAAGUUUCCAUGAGGGCUGCCUGGGCCAGAGGUUGGUCCGACAACUCUUAAAGGAUUUCAUGUGGCUGCUGGGCCCAGAGGUGUACUCUAGCGCCACAGCUGGAGUCUUUCUAGACAAGACGAUGCUUCAGGAGGCGAUAUCCAAUUUGCUGAAUGGGGAGGGCAUGCAGGACAUUGUCAAGAUAAUGAUUCCCAAAACUUUUCCCAAAGAAAUUCUGAAUGUGCUCAUGGCCGAGUGUGCUGGAAAAUGCCCAGAGUGGUUGCUGACUCACAAAGAGAAUCUAGGUGAAGAAAAAUACAAGCAGUGCGAGAGUCAAAUGGAGCUCAUUAUGAACCUUGAUGUGGUUUAUGAAGAAACUCCUGAGAAUUUCUCCAAGAUACUGGAAGUGAUGUACAGGAUCGGAAGAUGCGGCUUCCCUCCAAGUGAUAUAAUUUCUGGCAUUUCUCCUAACCUUGUCGAGCAAUUGUAA